AUGGAAUCCAGUUUACCGGUUGUGGCUCAUUUUAACUCAGUCGUCGAAACUGUGUUAAGGAACCAAGUUACUAUCGUUGUGGGAGAAACUGGAUCUGGAAAAAGCACGCAAUUACCUUAUUUGUUGUAUAAAAAACUAAAAGAGGUCAAGAAUGAAGAUGCAAAAAUAGCAGUUACUCAGCCACGACGAAUCGCAGCAAUAUCUCUAGCCUCAUAUGUUAAAAGUAUUUUGGCCGAAAAGAAUGAGCAGAAUUUGGUAGACUACGCCGUUAGAUUUGAUAACAAGUCCACAAAGUUUACCCGGAUUAAAUAUAUGACAGACGGGUUGUUACUGAGAGAAAUAAUACUGGACACGAAGUUGUCGAAUUACUCUGUUAUCAUAAUUGAUGAAGUACACGAAAGAAGCGUUACUAUCGACUUGUUAGUUGCCAUUUACAAGUUGAACUUUUUUAAAAAGUCAAAUCUAAAAUUAGUAAUUAUGUCUGCCACCAUGGAGGCGCAGCUGUUUUCAAAAUUUUUCGAUUAUGCUGUCGUAAUAAACAUUCCCGGAAGAAUUUACAAUGUGAAAGUAAACUACCUUAACACUGUUUCUGAAGAAUACAUCAGUAAUGGACUGAAUAUCAUCGUUGAUAUUUGUUUAUCUGACGAUAGUGGGGAUGUACUUUUUUUUCUUCCUGGAAAGGAAGAAAUAUUAGUCGCGUGCGCACUACUUAAAAAAAUGUAUAACGAUAAAAUAAAAGGAUUAAUAAUUUUGCCGUUAUAUUCGAAUUUAUCCAAAAGUGAACAAGAACUCGUAUUUGUAGAAACACCUCCAAAUAGUCGAAAAGUAGUGCUAUCAACAAAUAUCGCCGAAACAUCGGUAACUAUUCCCAAUAUCGUAUUUGUUGUGGACUCGGGGGUCGAGCGAAAAAACGUGUACUGUCCUAUGAUUCAGGGAACGUCGCUGAUCACAGUCCAAAUUGCGAAGUCAAGUGCCAACCAGCGAAAAGGUCGAGCUGGACGAGUCAAAGACGGUGUUUGCUAUCGGUUAUAUUCACAAGAGUUUUACGAACACAAUAUGGAAGAGUUUCCCACGCCUGAAAUUUGCCGCGUAGAAACUGACGAAAUCGUUCUAAUCCUCAAAAAACUUGGCGUAUCUGCAUUACCGUCUUGA